GUCUUCCUGGUUUGGCCAACUUUUUAGGAUGUCUGGCUUUCGUAGCACUUUUGAUAUAAAAGGAAAACGUUUACGAAACAAUCAGUAGAACUCAUCAGUAUUCGAAGCUAAAACAUUCUUUCAGCGAAAAUCCAACAAUCAUGAAGUGCAUCGCAGCUGUAGUCAUGAUGGCCCUCGCCGUUGUUGCUGAAGGAGGUGCCGUGUCGUAUUCGGUCCCAUUAGCAUACUCCGCGCCACACACCACAGUUGUUCAGCAAAAUGUGGCUCCUCGGUACGUCGCUACUGUUCCCGUAACUUAUGCCGCUGCUCCAGUAGCCACCUAUGCUGCCGCUCCAGUGGCCCCAAUUGCCUACGCCGCUCCACACACCACCGUCGUCCAGUCGAACGUUGUCCCACGUUAUGUGUCUCCGGUGGCCUACGCCGCCGCCCCAUCGGUGGUGGCCUACAACUCGGUCGAUUCGGAAAUCGUUGAAGCCAGCCAAGUGGCCACUCCAGUUGCUACCGUCGUUGCUCAACCAGCUGUGGCCGUUGUUGCCCAGAAGGAAGCUCGCUAUGUGGCCGCCAACCGAGGAGCCGUCCACGAUGCCCCACUCGCUGGACAUGCCAUCUCUCAGCAGUCGCUCAAUCUGGAACCAGCUGCGGGAACCCUAUAAAGCGAUUGACUUUGAAUACCUGAUCGAGUUUUUUGCACUGAUAAUUGGAAUUCAGUCUUCACUAAUUCCGAGAGAGUCGAAUAAAGCUAGCUUUUAAUACAAGAA